AUGAAUCCGGAAGACGACUUUUUUAAAGCAGCUCCCCUUGCUCCUGCUGUCGAUACAAGAUCCGAAGACAUCGGCCUCUUCGCACAAGCAAUUGCUGGCCGGUUCAACAACCCAGAGAAGGCCCUGCUUACUGCCCGACUCUCGCCUACUAAUGACCCAAGACCGUCCACACCACCUCAAAAAUCUACUCCGCAUCUUACACCAAAUCCAUCUCCAUCAACACAUCUUGCCAGCAUGUCCAUAGGCGGGCGCUCUAGAUCUCCCCAUCAGCCAUUUGCUGCCGCAUCGUCUUCCUCAGAGUUUACGGUAGCCACCGCGUCUACACUCCCCGACAUCCUCCGCACUCCACACGUCCUUGUCCUGGAUAUCCGCCCGCAUUCUGCUUACUCUACUUACCGCUUACCCCAUGCAAUCUCCUUAUCUGUUCCAUCCACACUCCUCAAGCGACCUGCGUUCACUUUGCAAAAACUUACUGCUAUGCUUCCGUCUGCCUCUGCUCGUGCUCGAUUCACGUCUUGGGAUAGGGCAUCCCGGAUACUGGUUUACGAUGCUGACUCCUCGGCUCUCACCGACGGAUCCAACCUUUUAGGUUUGCUUCGUAAAUUCCGGACCGCAGGAUUUUCCGGAGACGUAGCUUGGUUGCAAGGCGGUAUUCAAUCAUUGUGGAGGGAUAAUAGACACAUUGUCGACGAUAACGCCUUGUCGGAAGAUGAGGAAGAAGGGGAGACCUCUGAACAGGUUCUUCGGGCGAGGAACCUUCCGCAGGCUGCCUUCCAACAGUCCUCAACCGCCUUCCGGGCGUCACCAACAAUGAUGUCGAUGCAAUUAGAACAAUGCGUAAAGCCACAGGGUUCUACACAGUCGCCAAGCGCGUCGACCCUGAAACUUGCUGCAGCAAAUCCAUUCUAUGACAACAUUCGCCAAAACUUGGAACUCUCGCAAGGAAUGACGGAGCGUAUCCCACUUAACCUUUCCCCGACGAUAGCUUCUCGUGCAAAGGAACUUCCUUUCGCUUGGCUGCGAAAUAUUGCUGCGGUUGCGGGACAGGACGAAAGCACCGAAGCUCUGGCAAUGCAGUUCUAUCGCAUUGAGCUCGGCGAACAACGGAGGUUACAGGGGGUCAUGGCACACCAUUCGAAGCAAAGUGACGGUCUAGAUAAUUCGAAGCCGAGCGAUGCAACAUGUGAGAGUAGGAAUGAGGCUAGACCCUUCCCAUACAGCAUAAUCGCAGGCUUCGAGAAGGGGACAAAGAAUAGAUACAAAAAUAUCUGGCCAUUUGAGCACUCACGUGUUCGUCUGCAUGGUCAAGAACAGGACGACGAUUAUGUCAAUGCAUCAUUUGUGCAGCCGAUAGGCACCCGUCGGAGAUACAUAGCGACGCAAGGUCCCUUACCUUCAACUUUCUCUGAUUUCUGGUCGCAGUGCGAAGGUGGAGUGGUCAAGUGCGGGAAAUACUGGGUUGAUGGUCAAUAUGGUCCUAUCCAUAUAAAAUGCAUUACGAGAAGUGGAGCGGCGGACGAAGAAGACCCGGGUGGUGGUAAUGCGGAUAGUUCGACUGGUGGAUUCUUCAGCGCACCACCCAAGGAUAACUCGGCUCUGUUUACCCCGGAAGACAAAGAGCAUAAUUUCACUAUUCGCCGGCUCUUCGAGAUUUCGCAUGCUGAUCAUCCGGAACUGAAGCCUAGAGUUGUUACGCACGUGCAGUACCUUGGCUGGCCUGAUAUGGACGUACCUGUCAACCCGAAAAGUCUAUUGCGCCUAAUGUUCGAAGUCGAUGACCUUGUAGAUCAAACUGAUGCACAAAAUGACGUACCAGAUAAACCAUCUCCCGUGUUACUGCACUGCUCGGCUGGUGUUGGCCGUACUGGAGCUUUUAUCAUGAUCGAUGCCGUUCUUGAUGGAAUCAGACGGGAAAUACGAAAGCGGGCGAUGGCAAAGAGGCUCGCAAGUGCUACUGAAAUCGUAUCUGGAGACAGAAGUAGCGGGAGCGAAGACGAAGCUCACAUUGAUGGCGCAAGUCCUAUGGAUGUUGACUCAAUGACUUCGGUUCGGGAGCGCAGUCUUGCAUCGCCCGCGCGUGUACCGACACCGGAACUGUCUUUUCCGUCAAAAAGUAAUAUUCUCCCACCCACGUCUCAAGUUUCGUCUGUGUCUAAUGCCCCAAGAACGUCAAUGGACGAUCAGAUUCAAUCAGGUCCAACUGCUACUUUACAUAUGGGUGGCGACUGUUCCGGUCAUCAUGAAAUCCAUGUCCCUCUCGUACCGUCAGAUGAAGUACCAGCUCAGGCUCGGGCUCAGGCUUACCGGGACUCGAAGAAUGUACCUGCGCAGCGUUUGAAUUCUCCGUCCGCCAAUCCAGCUUCACAGGGAAGACCCGCAAGACAUCUUAUACGCCAUCGGCCCUUAACGUCGGACUUCACGAUUGCUGAUGCAGACUCUAUGUUUAUGAGCUCUAAUCCGAAUCCACAAUUCGCGAUGGAUGUAGAGUCUUUGCGACCCUCACUUCAACGAGCGGUAAAUAACAACAGCAGUUCAGGCGAGGGUAAUGGAAGUGGUGGAGACCGAAAUUCCGAGUCCAUCAGUUCCGGGUCGGCUUCCGAUGGGCGAUUUACGGGUCCACUGCGAAAGGCGUUUGCUAGCUUGUCGUCUACGGAUGACAGUCCAGACUCUCCAGAACGACCAUCGGCUGCUCGAUUCAGACACCGAUUUGGGGGAAGUGGUGGAGCCGGCAGCGGAGAGAGUGCGGGUGGAAGUACCUCAGAGUCGAGUACUAAGUGCUCGAACGGUAGCGGCAGUGGAAACAAUGGAGGUGGCUACACGUCAUCUUCGUCCUUGGUUCUAGGAGGCUUCGCGGGUAUGGCUGUCGGUUCGCCUGCGCCAGAUUCCAGGCACACGUCUCCUGUUCCUCGACCUUCGCUGCCCCUUGCAAAUCGUGGACGUCAUAGGAGUCCGCGAAACUUGCCAGUGCAGAAGCCUAGUCUUUUGGCACCGAAGCCACUGCACCUGAAACUGCAAAUGCCGGAAUUGACCGAAGGGGUUGAGACGACUAUUCAGUCCGCUCCAGGUACGCUUCCCACGUUUGGCGAGCCUUCGAAUAUACCAGGCCGUUCUGGUAUGUCGUCAACCUCCUCGUAUGCUUCGACCUCGACGGAUACGUCUUCCUCACUCCGUUCGACGUCGCUUUCUGGGAACACUACGGAUGAUACGCCAGCGUCUAUGCACAAGGACUCGAGGUCCCCGUCAGCAGACAAGGACCGUGGGAUGAAGCUCGACCUCAGUGUGAUCGACUAUACAGAACCGCGAGAGUUGAACGGCGACGAUUCGCCACCAGUCCUUUCCUCACUGGAAGAACCUUUAAGGCAGAUAUUGGAAGAUAUGCGGAAGCAGCGGAUGAGUCUUUGUCAAAGCUUACGACAAUACGUCUUCGUGCAUACCGCGAUUAUCGAGGGUGCGUUGGUCGUUGCGGAGGAAGAACGAAAGCGUCUGGGUGUUGACAGCAAAGACCUCUUCGAUCGCGAUUCGCCGACUGCACAGGAUGCAAUGCACAUGUUGCAGGCCAUUACGACUACGAUACAGACGACGGGUAAACGCGGUGCGAGUCCUACGGAGCUUGCGAAGGAGGAUAAGAAGGGGAACGAAGCGCUUGCGAAGAGGCCUAGCGUUAAGCGCGGAAAGAGUGAGAGUGAGACUUUUAUAUCUGGCACAAUUGUUUUCCCUUGUUUCCUUGUCCUGUAA